AUGACGCAAGACCAUCUUCCCCAGCCUGGUGAGCCUAUCGCCAUCCUGGGCUUCGGAUGUCGCUUCCCUGGGGGCGCCACCACCCCAUCCAAGCUGUGGCAGCUCCUGAAGCAACCGCGAGACGUUUGUACCAAGAUUCCACCGUCGCGCUUUGAUUCUGAUGGCUUCUACCACCCAAACGGUGAGUAUCACGGGCACAGCAACAUCCAGCAUGCAUAUUUGCUCGCUGGAGACCAGGACCACCAGCUGUUCGACGCCGACUUCUUCAGCAUCUCGGCUGCCGAGGCGGCUGCUAUCGACCCACAACAACGUCUCCUCCUCGAGUGCGUCUACGAGGCUCUCGAGGAGGGCGGGCAGCGGAUGGCUGGCCUGCGUGGGACCGAUACAGCCGUGUUUGUCGGUGUUAUGCGCGAGGGGUAUAGUGAUAUCCAGUUUAGAAAUCUCGACACGUUGCCAACGCACUUCCCCACCGGUACGGCCCGAUCCAUCUUGUCGAACCGUGUGUCAUACACAUUUGAUUGGCACGGCCCGAGUAUGACCAUCGACACAGCAUGCUCUUCGUCACUAGUCGCCGUGCACCAGGCUGUCCAGACUUUGCGCUCAGGCACAUCCCGCGUCGCUGUUGCCGCGGGGGCUAACCUCAUCCUCGGUCCUGAGGUUUUCAUCGCUGAAAGUACCUUCCACAUGCUGUCGCCGCAGGGACGGAGCCACAUGUGGGAUGCCCGUGCCGAUGGGUAUGGCCGUGGAGAUGGCGUGGCGGCUGUUGUGCUGAAGCGACUAAGCGAUGCGAUCGCAGAUGGGGAUCCUAUUCAGUGCAUUCUCAGGGAGACCGGCGUGAAUCAAGAUGGUCGCACAAAGGGAAUUACAGUCCCCAGUGCCGAUGCACAGGUCGCUCUCGUGGAGGAUACGUAUCAUCGCGCGGGUCUCGAUCUAAACAGCCCCGAGGGGAGACCGCAGUUUUUUGAAGCACACGGCACAGGCACACCAACAGGAGAUCCUCUCGAGGCAGAAGCCAUUCAUCGUUCAAUAGCCAGUCGUCUGGGAGACGAAAAUGAGAGUGAUACGAAUCUCUUUGUUGGCUCCAUCAAGUCAAUUAUAGGCCAUACUGAAGGCACGGCAGGUAUCGCAGGCCUGAUGAAGGUCGCCCUAGCCAUGCAACACGGGACGAUCCCACCCAACUUGCUCUUUGAGAAGCUGAAUCCAGCAUUAAUACCCUUUUACAAGAAUAUCGAGGUACCGGUGAAGGCUGUCGAGUGGCCGGAGGUUACUGCGGGACAGCCCCGCCGUGCUAGCAUCAAUAGCUUUGGAUUCGGAGGGACGAAUGCUCAUGUCAUUAUCGAGAGUUAUCAGCCUCUGCUUCACGUUGACAGUCUUGACGAUGUGGGUGGAGAUUCCCGGGACUCUCUACUUCCUUUUGUAUUUUCAGCGGCUUCGAGAUCGUCACUGAAGAACUAUCUGAAGGAACUUCUGCUGUUCCUGGAAAAGAAUCCGCACAUCAACCCUGAAGACUUGGCGUACCACUUGAAUACUAAGCGCUCGAUCUUCCCUUUUCGUAUUUCAUACCUAGCUCGCAAUAUCAACGAACUGCGAGAGAGUAUCAAAAAGUCGCUGGCUCAAUCCGACUGGGAGGCAGCCCUGAGCCGAGCACCUACCACACCGAUGCGGAUCCUCGGCAUCUUCACUGGUCAGGGAGCGCAGUGGCCAGGAAUGGGAAGAGAGUUGAUUCAUCACCUACCGUUUGUGCAAGCCCGCCUCUCGCAUCUCGAUGAUGCACUGGCACAGUUACCCAAGGCAGAUAGACCUUCCUGGACUCUUGCAAACGAGAUGCUGUCGAACGGCUUAGCAGCAAAGCUCAACACCGCUGCUAUCUCGCAACCCCUUUGCACAGCACUACAGAUCAUCCUCGUUGACCUGCUCAGGGCUAGUGGCAUCAACUUCGCGGCUGUGGUAGGUCACAGCUCCGGUGAGAUCGCAGCAGCAUACGCUUGCGGUAUGAUAUCCUCCCACGACGCCAUCAUCAUAUCGUACUAUCGCGGUGUCCUCGCUUGUCUUUCGGGUACAUCUUCUGGACAGCCUGGGGCCAUGAUGGCAGUGAAUACGACGGGAGAGGAUGCCGAGGAUUUGUGUUCUCUACCGGAGUUCGACAAACGGCUUUGCGUCGCGGCAUACAACUCUCCUGUGAGCGUCACGCUGUCAGGUGAUGAGGAUGCUAUCCAGUUAGCCAAGGCAGUCUUCGAUGACGAGGGAAAGUUUGCCAGAGAGCUUCGUGUUGAUAAAGCAUACCACUCGCACCAUAUGCUGCCCUGUGUGAUACCGUACAUUGGUGCUCUCACUCAGGCCUCGAUUAAGGUCCAAAGACCGAGGGAUGAGUGCACUUGGUUCUCGUCGGUCCAUCGCGGGCAACGCAUGGGCAGCACCGAACUAGAAGCACUAAAAGCAUCAUAUUGGAGCGACAACAUGACCCAACCUGUCUUAUUCUCGUAUGCCGUAGAAAUGGGGGCCAAUGACAACCAAGCAAACAUCAAUAUGGCACUCGAAAUUGGGCCACACAGUGCCCUUCAUGCACCUAUCGACGAUACUCUAAAGACCACAAGCAAGUCCAGUAUUCUCUACGGGUCCUGUCUAAUCCGAAACAAGAAUGCUGCAGACACGUUCGUUGAAUCCAUCGAGCUAGUGUGGAAGAAUGCCCCUGAAGGGACAGUCAACUUUGACAGCUUCCAACGGGCAGUAUCUGUAAAUCCAGAAUAUAAGCCAACCAUGAUCAGGCAUCUCCCGACCUACCAGUGGCAGCAUGAUCGCGUACACUGGAGCGAAUCGCGACGCUCACGAGUUUUACGUACCCGUGCCAAACCUGCUCAUCCAUUACUCGGUACACUCAGCCCCGAUUCGACUGGCUCUGACAUGAUGUGGCAGAACGUGAUGCGCAUUAUCGAUCUACCGUGGCUUACGGGCCAUCAGCUUUCCGGACAAGUGGUCUUCCCGGCAGCCGGCUAUGUGGCCCUCGCUAUCGAGGCGGGUCUUGAGUUUGCCCAGGAUAAACAGGAUGUCUUCCAGAUUGAGCUCGAGGACCUGUCCAUCGAGAAAGCAAUUACGUUCGCUGAUGACAGGAUCGGCGUUGAAACGAUGUUCUUCCUCCACAUAGAGAAGACCGAGACCCGACGAGACGGGAAGAUUGUGUAUGGUAGCUGGAGAUACCACUCGGCUACCAAAGGCUCUAGCACCACGAGUCAGAAUGCAUCCGGGCGCAUAAAGCUGGUCCUCACGGAAUCCCCCCAUCCCGGAGCAUCUCGACGCCCUAUACUGCCCUCACAGGACGCGGAUCUUUCAAACAUGACCAAGGUUGACAAGGAUGACUUUUACAGCGAGCUGAAGAAGAUUGGUUACCUCUACUCUGGUCGAUUUCGUACCCUAAGCUUAUUGAAGCGAAAGCUGGGCCACAGUCGCGGCUUCCUGAACUUGCCGUCUCCAGAUGAGCUGCACAUAUCCGAGCAGAAGCUGCUUGUCCACCCCGGGAUUCUCGACUCUGCGUUCCAGGCGCAGUUCCUGGCAUACUCGUGGCCUGGCGAUGGCUCAUUCCGAACGUUACACGUACCUACCUCUAUCCGCCGUCUCCGUGUUGAUCCGUCUGCGUGUCGUCACAGUUGCGAACAUAAUCUACUGAGCUUUGACUCAACAGCAAGUCGAGACAUCGAGGGCCGUUCUAGGAGAGGUGGUAUCUACGGAGAUGUCAAUAUUUACACCGGAGACGGGAGGUUCGGCUUGAUCCAGGUGGAAGGCGUUACGUUUAUUCCACUGGUUACUGCCUCUGCUUCGGAGGACAGGGAGAUGUUCCUAGAGAACGUUUAUGGCCCCGCCGAGCCAGAUUUUUCAGCAGUUACUACAAUAAGAGAGGACACAGAAGAAGAAGAAAAGUUAGCACUAGUGCUGGAGCGAAUUGCGUUUUUCUACAUCAGAAAGCUAAAAUUUGAGCUUGAAUCUGCGAGAAUUAUUUCAACAGAGGGACAAUUCCAAAAUAUCCUCGCUUACGCUAAUCAUAUCGUGGAUCAAGAGAUGCGGAGAAAGAGCCAGCAGGUUAAACGCUGGGGUAGCGACACAGCCGAGUAUAUUGACAAUUUGAUGGCACUGUAUUCAGAUAGCAUCGAUAUGAAGGUGCUUCGUAUCGUUGGCGAGAACUUGUCGGCCCUUGUAACAGGCUCGACAACUACUGUCGAAAUUACACAGCAGUUACUAGUCGAUGGUUCACUGGAGAGCUACUACACGGACGGACUUGGUAUGAAGAAGUCUCUUCAGUUUCUGACUAGUAUUCUAUCACAGAUCACCCACCGUUACCCUCAUAUGCGAAUAGUCGAGGUUGGUGACACGGCUGCGGUGAGGGGAAUCAUUCUGAAUGCGAUUGAGGGUCAGUUCGACGAGUACACAGUAACCAGUGCCACCACCACUGACGCGAUAGAGGAAAGUUCCUCUAAAUUCACCAAGACUUUAACCUUUAAUCCCAUGGACAUUGAGGGAGACAUUGUCUCUAAGGGCUUCCAGGAGCAUUCAUAUGAUCUAGCAAUCGUCUUCUUCACACUCUUUGCCACUAGGGACCUAAAAUCCACUUUAAACAAGCUGAGAAAGCUUAUCAAACCCGGGGGUUAUCUAGUCAUGCUUGAAACAGCAAACUACACACUGCGCGCCAUGACACUCGGGGUGAUCCAUGGAUGGUUGCAUGGGACUGGGAGCGGCAUUUCGGAGCCUGCCUUGUCUCCUCCACAGUGGAAUGCUCUGCUUAUGGAUUCUGGCUUCUCCGGGGUCCAGGUAAUCGCCCCUGGAGUCGACAAGCGUUUGGGGCCACUCAGCAUCAUGGUGUCUCGAGCAGUGGAUGAUCAAAUCAACAUGUUGAUUGAACCCUCGGAAGAAGCCUCAUCGUUAUCGAAAAUCCAGUCAUGUCUUGUGGUAACUGGCACGACGCUCUCCAAUCACCGGCUCGCACAGUCUGCUGUCCGUUUGCUAGGACGACACUGCGCUUCCAAGCCGGUGAUAGUCCAGGGCGUGACAGAACUGGUCGGCAUGCGAGACCUUUCACAUCAUAUGACAGUUCUCUACCUAGCUGACCUAGACGAGCCGGUUCUCAAAGAUCUAACACCAGUGAUGUUCGAAGGACUAAAGAUUCUCUUCAAACAGGCAAAAAACGUACUCUGGGUGACCAAAGGACGCAGGGAUGGAAAUCCCGAUAGUAAUAUGUCAGUCGGACUUGGACGGGUCUUAGUAUCCGAGAUACCGCAUCUCCGGGUUCACUUUAUAGAUUUUGAUACGGAGACGAAGCCUACGGCGCGUGUCCUCGUUGAUUCGCUCUUACGGCAGCAGAUCUUGAUAUCCAUUGAAGAUAGAGGUAGUAGUGAAGAGAUCUUGUGGAGCCAAGAGAGGGAAAUCUUCAUCGAGGGUAGUCAGGAGUACAUCCCUCGAAUCAAACCAAACAAGAGAUGGAACGACGCAUACAACUCCUCUAGCCGCGAGAUACGUCGACAAGUAAGACCCUCUGAGGAGGCUGUAGAAAUUACUAAAGACGAUGGGUUAUGUAGGCUGUUAGUACGACAACUUCCAGAAAAUAACGCCACCGAAAAAGCCAACCUAGUUCGGGUUCUUUAUGUGGCUUCCUCUCCAGUGCCGAUAACGUCGACGACAGCCCUAUACCCCUGCGUAGGACUCGAAAUGCAGACAUCACGGCCAGUAGUCGCUUUGCUGAAUAGAAUUACCUCUAUUGCAGAAGUUCCGAUUGGGCUCAUGUGCUCUUGCGAUACUUCUUGGGAACUUCCUGCUGAAGCUGCCAAGUUGACAAGAUCCUUGGCGGCUUACUUCCUCGCCCGGUUCGCCUGUGAUGGCAUAUGUCCUAAGACCACACUGCUUCUGAUUGAGCCAGAUUUGUUAACUGCUAGGAUCUUCAAGCUCUUGAUUGAGACAAACACUGUCCGGGUUGUAUCUAUCACGAACGACCCAGAUAAGGUCGAUGAGGACUUCACCUACAUCCACCCUCUGACAUCGAAGCAUCUUAUUAGUCAUCGCCUUCCUCCGCGCAUCUCAGUGGCCGUUGAUUUUACUACUUCGGCUACUGUCGAUCAGUCUUUGGCCGAUGUUAUCAAACCCAUCCUUUCAAAGUCCGUUAACCUGAUUGAUUCAACCUUGUUUCACCCUGGAGAAGAUGUACCUGUGUCCAAAGAAUUCAAAGUUCCAGUCAUGCUUCGAGAUGCAGUUUCCACGGUUAGUAAUUUAUGUGCUAGUGUGAAGUCCAACACAGACAUCACAGUUGUAUCCCCAGAGGACUAUGUCAAAGUGCCGCAAGCGUGGUCAACUGUCAUAGACUGGACUACACCAGAGACCUUGUCUGUCCCAGUACAACUCUCGAGUUCUGAAACACUAGUACAUUCCAAUCGAACCUACCUACUUGUCGGACUGGCUAGUGCAGGUGGAUUGGGAGUGACUCUAGCUGAGUGGAUGAUUAACCAUGGCGCGCGCCAUAUCAUCCUUACCAGCCGACAUCCAAAGAUCGACCCAGCAUGGAUAUCUCUUCACGCGUCCCAGGGUGUCGACAUCCAAGUCAUCGCGAAUGACGUUACAGACCGCGACUCACUCAAGGACAUGAUAGACAGCAUCCGCCUCUCCUGCCCUCCAAUUGCUGGCGUGGUCAACGGCGCCAUGGUGCUUUCCGAUGGCUCCUUCGAGCAGAUGACUUACGAGCAGAUGGUUCAGGUCCUACGGCCCAAGGUUGAGGGAACUCGUCACCUAGAUGACAACUUUUAUGAUGAUCCUCUCGAUUUUUUUAUCCUUUUCCCCUCGCUUGCUAACGUCGUUGGCAACCCAGGACAAGCCAACUAUGCCGCUGCAAAUAUGUACAUGACUGGUGUGGCCACCCAGCGCCGCAAGCGUGGAGUCGCAGGCAGUGCCAUAGAUCUCGGCAGCAUCGUCGGUAUCGGAUUCAUCACACGCGAGGCACGCGACGGCGUCCUCUCCAAGCUUGGAGCCAUGGGGUUCGCCAAACUGUCAGAACAUGAUUUCCUCGAGGCAUUCGCCACUGCCAUUAUUGCGGGGCGUCCUUGUUCUGCGGAAGCUGAAGAGCUUAUCACAGGUUUGAAUACUGAUGCUCCAGUAGAUUCUACCAUAUCAAACACCCCAUACUGGCGCGAGGAUCCAAGAUUUUUUCAUGUUAUCAAGACUACUGCGGGUUCGAGAAAUACUGGGGCUAAGAAAGUUGUCGAUUCAGCGCAAACGACUACGCGGGAGAUGCUACAGGAGGCAAGCGACCAGGAGCAUACGCGACAGAUCGUACAAGAUGCAUUCCUCAAGAAGCUGACCGCCGUCCUCCAGCUCAACGCUGAACGAGCCAGUGGCACUGCCCAGCUCCUCCAGCAAGCACCAGAGGAGCUAGGGAUUGAUUCUCUCGCUGCAGUGGAGAUCCGGUCGUGGUUUCUGCAGGAAAUGGACCUAGAUGUAUUGGUUCUCAAGCUAAUCACAGCAACCUCGAUAUCUGAGAUUUUGGACUUUGCCAUCGACAAUCUACCGAAAGGGCUGGCUGCUGUUGGAGGAAAUGAUCAACGCGUUGAUGAGCAGGAAAAGCUGUCACCGUCGUCUACGGAUGUUUCCGUCACUUUAAAUUCCAGUUCGUCUCAUAGCACUUCCACCCCGAUUCUGACGCCACAGAUGUCAAUGGCCGACUCGUUUGUUGUUGUGAAGACGGAUGAUGAAACAAAGUUAAGCUCUGUUGCAUCCAUAAGGCACGAGGAGUUAUCAAAACCUCUUACAAUUAACACACCAGAACUGCCAUUCGCAGUCCAGGAAGCAGCGACGAGAGUGGCCAUAGAGAAGAGGGUUCCGAUGUCCUACGGUCAGCGCGGCUUCUGGUUCAUGAACCAACUCGCGUCUUCAGACCAGACCCUCUUUAACGGCACAAUAUGUCUGCUUCUAACCGGCGAGAUCAACGUGAGUGAUCUUGCUAAAGCUGUUGUGGCUCUGGGCCGGAGGCAUGAAGGGCUUCGUGCCGCUUUCUACGACGACAACGAUGAGCAGCCAAUGCAGACCAUCCUUGCUGACUCCUCCCUGACGCUCGAGACCCGAACUGCCACAUCCAUCGACGAUGUUCGGAGACAGUUCAACGAGCUAAACAAAUACGUCUAUGAUAUCGCUAAUGGCCAGACACUGCGGAUCAUAUUAAUGACCGAAUCACCAACGCGAAAUCACCUCGUCAUUGGCUAUAAUCAUAUCAAUAUCGAUGCAACCAGUCUGCUAGUCGUCAUCGCUGAACUCAGCCGAUUGUACAACGGCGAGAAGUUGGCCCCCCCACUGCUCCAACAGACCGACUUCGCGCAGCAGCAACAUGAAAGACUCAGAACGGGCCAGUGGGCAGAUGCGAUUGCCUACUGGCGGAACGAGUUCCGAGAUCUCCCCGAGACGUUGCCAAUCCUCAACAUCUCCCCACAAUCCUUUAAGCCACGGCCAUCGCGGGCAACAUAUCGACACCACAAGUCGGCCGAUGUAAGAAUCACAGGUGCUUUGGCAACCAAGAUACGAGCUGUCUGCAAGAAGUAUAAGGUCACCCCCUUCCACCUCUACUGCACGGUAUUCCAGAUUACCCUAGGCAGGCUCGCUGGAACAGAAGAUAUCUGCCUGGGUGUUGCCAAUGCCAAUCGCUCUGACCGAGGUGCCAUGGAGGCCGUGGGGAUCUUCCUGAACCUCUUCCCCUUGCGGCUAAAAACAUCUUGCAGCACGCCCUUCUCUGAGCUGCUCGAGCAGACACGGUCCAAGGUGCUUUUGGGCUUGCAAAAUUCCGCCGUUCCAUUCGACGAAAUUCUCAAUCAGGUCGGUGUCCAGCGUGGACCCACACACCUUCCGCUGUUUCAAGCGUUCGUUGAUUACGUCCCAAUCCGGGAGAAGCAGCGGUUCGGAAGGGAUUGUGAUCUAAACCAUGAGGAAUAUAACUUUGGCGAGACCAUGUACGAUAUCAUGCUAGGCAUCGUCGAUAAUCCUGAGGGAGACGCCUGGCUAUCGUUCCUCCUUCAGGAGGAACUGUAUGCUGAGGAGAAUGCGGAUAUGCUGCUGCAAUGUUAUCUUAACCUUCUCGAGGAAUUUGUCGACAACAAUGGUCUGAGGGCUGGCGAGCCGCAGAUGUUUAGCAAAGUGGAGGUUGAUCAGGCUCUCAGCCUUGGACAAGGACUCGAACUCGAAUUCGGAAAUGGGACUUUACUCGACGAAAUAGACGCGACAGCCAUGUUUAACUCUGACUCUGUUGCCCUUAAAGACACUCAAGGCAAUUGUCUCACAUACAAACAGAUGACUUUGAAAUCUUACGCAAUUGCACGAUCCCUUACCGCGCUUGGAGUGUCUCGGGGCUCGAGGGUAGCUAUUUUGCAAAAUCCAUCAAUCAGCUGGAUUUGUUCCCUACUUGGCGUCUGGCGCAUUGGCGCUGUACUUGUUCCACUCGAGGUGACUCAGGGGUCUAAACGUCUUGCAACUAUUGCGCAGGAUGCAGACUUAGCAGCUAUUAUCGUUCAUAACGACACACUUUCAUUGCUCUCAGAGCUAGGCUGGAACAAGACAGAAAUGGUAAUAAAUCUUUCUAAUCUUUCCCCACAAACCGGGGUCAUUACCAGCCAGACUCUGCACAAACCAACAGCGAAAGAUGAGGCAUUGAUAUUGUACACAAGCGGAUCCACCGGACUCCCCAAGGGUAUAUCAAUGCCGCACAUUAUGCUUCUCAACUCUAUCAAGGGCUUUCUCCACCAUUGGCCAAUGAGUCCACAAACAGUCCUGCAGCAGAUCGCUCUCAGCUUUGAUCUUGCAUGGUGGCAGUCAUUUGUGGGCCUCGCCACGGGCGGCACUGUAGUCGUCGCUGGACUGGAAUCUCGAAAGGAUCCUGUCGCCUUGACCGAACUCAUCGCCACUGAGCGUAUCACUUUGACAGUCGCUGUGCCUUCGGAAAUAAUCUCGUGGCUUAAUUUCGGGGAGGUAGAGAAAUUAAAGCGGUCAUCAUGGGCGUGGCACAUUUCAGCUGGCGAAGAUUUUGGAAUCAAACUAACCCAGCUGCUGCAGUCCCUGGCAAAAUCGGACCUCUGUGUUCUGAAUGCGUACGGACCUGCAGAAACCAUCAUACCGCUAGUGCACGAGGUGCAUUACGAACAACUUUCCGCGACAGAUAUUUCCAUCCCUAUCGGCAAGGUGAUGCCAAACUACACGGUCUACGUGGUCGACGACCAGGGUCACCCUCUCCCUCCCCGUGUUCCAGGGCAGCUGAUGAUAGGCGGUGCAGGUGUUGCCAACAAAUACAUCAACAACCCUGCGCUGUCAGAGGAGCGGUUUCCAAUCGCCACGCACUCACCUCCACACUUCGUCGAGAAGGGAUGGGUGCGAACCCAUCUAAGUGGUGACCGUGGCUUCUUACGUGUCGAUGGCGAGUUUGUGAUGGUGGGUCGUAUGGCGGGAGAUACACAAGUGAAACUGCGAGGCCAGCGCAUGGAUGUGAAAGAGAUAGAGUCAUGCAUUAUCGACAUCAGCCAAGGCCAGGUCGUCGAUGCUGUCGUGCAUAUGCGCCAGCAGGUCGAUGGUGAUGCUGCCACUGCAUUCCUGGUCGCCCACGUUGUCCUGGCACCCGAAGCCACGUCUCGAUACCCAACCACGCUUGCUCUUGACGAGUACCUGUCCAGACUUACUGCAGAGCUACCGUUGCCAGCCUACAUGAGACCGUCUAUAAUGAUAGCGCUGUCUUCGCUUCCCCUGAGCCAUCAUGGUAAGAUCGACAGGAAAUCACUCUCCGAAGCGCCAAUACGAUCAGGGCAUCGAGUUUCCCAAAAAGCCCAGUCUGGGAUGCCAGUAAGGGACAGGAAGGUUGAGAGUCAGGAUAAUAUUAAGCAGAUAUGGCAACAGUUUCUAGGUGAGGCCGCAGAAUGCAUCGAUAUACACCCCGAUUCCGACUUCUUCUCGGUCGGUGGUAACUCGCUGCUGUUGCUCAGCAUCCAGGCCGAGAUGAAACGGCGGUUUGGCGUAAAGGUUUCGUUGACUCAGCUAUUCGAGUCGAGCACGUUGGAACAGAUGGCGUCACUGAUAAACCCCAAGGAAACGGCGGAAACGACUAAGAUUGACUGGAUAGAAGAGGUUAAAGUAGACCCUGAGAUUCAGCCACUCAAAGCGCCUUUGAUGCUGUCGCAACCUCGCAUCGGUCUUGUUGUCGUCCUGACAGGAUCGACUGGGUUUCUAGGCAGAAAUAUCCUUCACAAACUCAUAGCAUCACCUCAUAUUAGCACGAUCCACUGUGUAGCUGUCCGAGACAGAUCGAAACUGAUCAAGUUUCCGCCAUCAAAAAUCACCAUCCAUAUGGGUAAUCUAACGCAACCACGUCUAGGACUCCCCGAGGAUACAUCUAGGCGCUUAUUCUUGGAAGCACACGCUAUCAUCCACAACGGAGCAGACGUGUCAUUUAUGAAGAGCUACUCGUCGAUUAGGACCGCCAACCUGGGCUCGACCAAGGAGCUGGUCCGGCUCUCUCUCCAGCACGGAAAAGGCACUCGAAUCCAUUUCAUCUCGACUUCUGGUGUCACACUCAUUGACGGUCGGGAAUUGCACGAAGAGCCGCUCGGGGAUAACCACCCGAGGAACUCCACAGGAAUCAACGGCUAUGUCGUGUCCAAAUGGGCCUGCGAGAAAUAUCUCGAGAAUGCUAGCGCUGCUACAGGGCUGCCUGUUACGAUCCACCGGCCGACUAUUGUAAUUGGUCCUGAUGCUCCGCGUUUGGAUAUCAUGCACAAUGUGUUGUAUUACUCAGAGCAACUGCGUUGUGUGCCGCAACUGCCAUCGCUAGAGCGCUGGUUCCAGUUCGUAGACAUUGAAGAAGUGGCCCAGGAAAUUGGAGCUGCUGUGAUUGCUCAUGCUGAUAGAGUUGAUACCAUGCAAUAUAAGAAUAUCACGGGCAAAGAAGAAAAUGUCACAAAGAUGGACCGUUUCGGUCACUACAUGGAGACAAAUAAGGGGUACACGUUCGAUCAUACAAGCCUUAAUGACUGGGUCGACCAGGCAAGCAGGAUCGGACUGGCUCCGGAAAUUGCAGAGUAUCUCAGGAGCGGUGCGCGGAAUGAGAACGGGGGUGAAGAGUGGGUGUUCCCGAGGAUCUGGGGGAAGCCGCGAGCUUAG